AAAUUGAUAAAUACAAACUGUCUAUGUAGCGCUACGCCAUCCUCAAUUUGGCGCGUGAACCAAUUACGAGUUGACAGUGUCGCCAACUUUCAGUAAAACACCGCAAUAAAGUGCGAUAUCCCGCUGCGAGAACGCUUUAUUUUCCUAUAAAAGCGUUUUAUCCACGUAUAAAAGCUUAAAUCCGCGCGGAGCUUUCUCCGGGCAAAAAGAGUAUUAGAGCGCUCGGAGCAACAUGGCAGCGGCACGCCCAUUGCGGGGCGAGGCGAGCCACGCGGCGCGUCAUUGGCGGGCGCCGCCUCCGGGCCGCCCGCCGCGCCCGCGCCGCCGGCUGGCCGCUGCGCGCCCAGCUCGCAGUCACACCGACCCGAGCCGCGCGACCCGACGUGCAGCGUGCAUCGCUUCUCGUACUCUCCGCGCGACUUUCGGACUAACACUCAAACUAGUGAACUCUAACUAUCAGUGAAGUGAUACUAAUAUAAAUAAACAAUAAACGAGUGCGAGCCAUCGCACACAAGAAGCCGAGGAACUUACACUUUGAAAGUGCAGCAGUAGGGCAGGCUUUAGAACGGCGCGUGCGGCGAUGCGAGUGCGGAAGUGGCAUUGUACCGUUUAGCACUCGGUGCGCUAAUUUUGUGACUGUUCCCGAGCUAUGUGGGUGCGGUGACGGGGCUGCAGCAGAUUGGUCCGGAGGGUCCGCGUGCGCUGGAUGCGGUAAGGGGCGCGACGGGCGACGCGAGCCCCGCCGGUGCCGGCGGCGCCGUGGCGAUGACGGUGCAGCGCGACGAGCGCGAGGCGCGCGCGCCGCGCACCAGGUUUAUGAUCACGGACAUCCUGGACGCGGCCCCGCGUGACCUCAGCGCGCACCGGGACUCCGAUUCCGACCGAUCAGCCACCGACUCACCAGGUGUGAAGGAUGACUCGGACGACAUUUCGAGCAAGAGUUGCGGCGGGGACUCGUCGAGCCUGGCCAAGAAGCAGCGCAAGGCGCGCACGGCCUUCACCGACCACCAGCUCCAGACACUCGAGAAGUCGUUCGAGCGGCAGAAGUACCUCAGCGUGCAGGACCGCAUGGAGCUGGCCGCCAAGCUGGGGCUGACCGACACGCAGGUCAAAACGUGGUACCAAAACCGACGGACGAAAUGGAAGCGUCAAACGGCGGUAGGGCUAGAGCUGCUGGCGGAGGCGGGCAACUACGCAGCCUUCCAGCGGCUGUACGGCGGGUACUGGGCCGGCGUACCGGCGUACCCCGCGCAGCCGGCGCCGACCGCCGACCUGUACUACCGGCAGGCCGCCGCCAACGCCGCCGCCGCCGCCUCGGCCAACACGCUGCAGAAACCGCUGCCUUACCGGUUAUACCCGGGCGCGCCGCUAGGAUCGGUGCCACCACUGGGGCUCGGGCUGCCGGGCCCGUCGGCGCACCUGGGCGCGCUGGGAGCGCCCGCGCUGGGCGCGCUCGGCUACUACGCGCAGGCGCGCCGCACGCCCUCGCCCGAUGUGGACCCCGGCAGCCCCGCGCCGCCGCCGCGGUCCUCGAGGGAGCCCUCGCUCGACCGCCGCACCGACGACGACGACGACGAUGAACCUAUACACGUAUAAUUCCAGUGAUUGUGAUCUAAGGACCAGUUAAAUUAAACAAAACUUGCAUGUCGACAAAAGACAAUUAACUUGCGAAACUGUGAGACUGCGAAAGUGAAGACUUUACGUGCGGUAUCGUGUUCUGGUAUUCUAUUUUGUUACCUUAAUCCCAAUUUUGGUAGAAUUAAAUUAUUGCUCCAUUUAAGUAUGAUGACGUUGAUUUGACAAAUCUGUUACGUAUUAGCUUUUCUACCGUUCAUAAUAUCGGGGAGUGAUCGAGAAGUGUGGACGGCGGCAGUCCAAAACAUGUGAUAUCUUAAACCCAGAUUUGAUAUAAGAACUUUUAACUUAACGUGUACAAUAUGAAUUGAUGUCAUAGGUAUAACUAAUAGUAUUGUAGAGUACACAUGCUUAAAGAGGACAAUGUGUCGGUCGGACUUUGAGACCAUAGGUCCUUCGUCGGCGGGUCGUAAAGACGCUACUCGUGAAAUUUUAUGAGUAAACUUAUAUAAUACACAAAAGUGGCUUUAUCAUCUCAGAAAGCUCGUUGAAAAAUAAUUGCUCAGUAGACCUACUAAGCGUAUAGAUAAGUAAGUUCCACGUGGGUAAGCUAACUGCCUAAAAGCACGUUCGCACGCUAGGCGUUUGCCGGAUAAUUCGCCGUUAACGUAGCAUGAACAAUUGAGCAAAUCGUGUUCAGGCGAAUAGAACGUCCACUACUCUGCGGGCGUGCUCCCUCGCCAUCCUAACAAUAAGCUACCUGUAUUGACGACUCUGGUUAUUGUAAUAACCGACUACUCCGGACUGGGCUCAUGAACAGAUUGUGAGAUUUCGCACAUAAAAUAGUUUUUGAUAAAUUGUAAGCUGCUGGUAGUAAGGCGGGUUUACAAGC